AUGGAAGGUUCGAGUAACGAUAAUCAAAGUAACGAAUGCGAUAAAUACGAAGCCAUAGAGAUGAUUCUUAAGCGCACAGAGGAAAUGCUUUCCCGGGAAACAAGAUCCGAAUCCGACUACACGAACAUAAAAUUCAAUUUUAAAAAAAAAAGCGGAAUAUACCGUAUUGAAAUUGAUAAUGCUCUUUCAGCUCUUAUAAAAAGUCUUUCCAGUAUUGAUAAGAAGCUUGAGGAAGCUAAGGAAUGCUUAUGUUCAUGGCCCGCAAAGAAAAUUAUAAAAGCUUGUAGCAGCCUUGAGGAAACAGUUAAGGAGUCAGAAAAACAUUAUGAAAGUCUUGUAAAGGAGCUUUCUAAAUAUCAGAAUACCCCACACAUCCCAUGUGGAGGAGUUUGUGGGAGUAACGGUGCCGAAUGCCGAAAGCCAAAAAAAGAAAGAGUUGAUAAUGCCUUAGAAUUUAUUUCGCCGUAUUAUAGGGCUACUAUAAGUGGCAAGGAUUUUAAGAUAUGCAAAAUCAAUCCUGACGACUUAGAAGGCUACGUUGAAGAAAUCAAAGGGAAGAUUGAGAAUGAAAAGAGACGUCUAAACGUCUGUGAGAAUCUUAGGAAAGCAAUCUGUAAUAUUACCGGAGAUGUAGAUUUUAUGGAUUCUCAUUCGGGAGGGAAAGUGUCUAGUGAAACAACUUAUUUUAAUACUAAGGAGUACAGAGAACUUUUAGAUAGUUUCAGUAAUAGAAUUGGGGAGUUUUUAGGUAAUUAUCAAAAAUAUCAUGAGAAGAAACGAAAAGGUGUUCUUAAUAUCUUUCAUAGUGGAUAUAGUUUAUUGCAGGAUCUGAAACAAAUAGAAGAAAUUCAAAAUGAUCUUUCCAAAUUUUGGAGAAGUAUACUAACUUCCCGGGGCUACCCUCCCCAGAAACCAUCUCAGUUGAAGUAUUCCAGAAGUUUAGGAGACAUGCGGGUGCUCGAUUCCUCUUCCUCGCGCCCUGGAUUACCACUGAGCGGCGCGGCCUCAUAUCCUUAUUUAGUGAAGAAGGAGGGUUACCAUCCAUUAGAAGAAACGGUAGCAGCAUCAAACCGCACCUUCUCCCUGUCUGGAUUGAAGUAUUCCAGAAGUUUAGGAGACAUGCGGGUGCUCGAUUCCUCUUCCUCGCGCCCUGGAUUACCACUGAGCGGCGCGGCCUCAUAUCCUUCUUUAGUGAAGAAAGAGGGUUACCAUCCAUUGAAAAAGACGGUAACAGCACCAAGCAUCUUCCUGCCUGAUACUCCUGUUAGAGAGUUCCUCGGUAAAGACUAUUUUCUUGUGCUCUAUUGCCUUAUGUCCUUAGGCUUAAUAACACUUCAAAUCGCUGUUAGAGAAGUUAAUGGAUCCAAGAAAAUGAUGGAAAUAAUGGGGAAGAUAUCCUAUGUGGUAUCUAUAUUUGGGCCAAUUAUACAUGGGAUAUGGAUAUUAGCAAACGAGAACUAUGACAAGGGGGUAGAAGAAGUAAUAGGUAGAAAUUGGAACGUGAUUGGAAGCAUGUUUCCUAUGCUCUUUGGGCUUAAGGAUAUCAAGCAUAUAAAGAACGGGGAGUUAUGGACAUCAAAUGGCGAAGCAGUAACAGCAAUUGGAGGGCAUGGAAUAAUAACAGCAAUGGGGAUAGUCAUGGUAUAUGCACAAAGUCUUGGAAAAAAGGACUGGAGAGUAUCUAGAAGACAAAUAGCUGUGUUCACUCUUGGAAACAUCCUGAUGGGAUCAGCAUACAUUGUGAAAUAUGCCAUGCCAUCUGUUGAGGAUCGAAAUCAUCUCGUUCGUGUUGGAUACGUUACCUUUGCACUUAUAUUAUGUUUAGUAGUUAUAGUGGAAGGAGGAAAAAAAGUAGAAAGUGAAAGAAUGGGAUGGAUACUUAAGUCCCAAUGGAUUAUAGGCUCUGGAUUUGUUGUUCUUGGAUUACAGAAUCUUGAGCCACAUUGCUUUCGAUAUGUCAAAGGUAGGUGUACGGCGUGA